UUCGUGGGGAAGCCAUCAGCAAGCACCGGGACAAAGCCCGGACUACUUUGUUUUCUAUCUUCAUUCAUUAAAAAAAUCUUUUAUUUUCUUCCCUCUGUUAUCGCGUGUUUUUAUAUUUUGCCUUUUCCACCAGUUACCCGUUCUAAUUGUUACUGAGGGGCGCCCCCUUCCUCCUCGCAUCAUGCUCCACGUGAUCACAGCCAGCUGCUGCUGAGAAAGCGAGAGAGAAAGAGGGGGAGAGAGAAACACCAACUCGCCGCGACUCUGAACGCACCGCACAUACAAACUAAAUCGGGAGGACCGCUGCUCGUUUCACCCGUGGAUACUAUUACACAAGUGUCGUCGUCUCCAAAUCCUGCCCGUGGGAUACUCUGGCUUCAUCCUCUCUGCUGUGCAGUUUUAUCACCUCCUUUUAUAUCACCCUCCUUUUCUCCCCCUUUGCCAUCUUUCUCCCCUCUCCUCAUCUUUGAGCAUCUUCUCCUGCUCGCAAGUCUUCUCGCUUGCGUCGCUAACUUUUUUCCUCCAUCCCACACAGCCUCCUCCAUCGCCCACCAACCCCUCGGCAGUGCCCCCACUAGACCUCUUUUUCUCCUUCUCGCACUCUCGCUUGGAUCGGGCGGAACCUAUUUGGCCGGUCUACACGGGGCACUGCUACAUGGGGCGCACGGUCUCGCUCGGAAAAUGUUCUGCUGUAGGUCUCUAGGCGCCCCGCUGAACCUGUUGGGAUUGGAGUUGUCGGUGCGCGUCUGCGUCUCUUUCCCACCUCGCUUGUGCGGUCGGGGCCAGUGAGAGAUGGGUCUGUCCGUGGCGGCUCAGGCACCUCUCGAGGAGCCCAGACGACUGCGCCGGUGGAGCGGGACAGCGGGGGGCUGGCUCAGGAUCACACUCGUCUCGUUUCUCGCCACUUUACCUGUGGAGCAGCUGCGCGCCUUCCCUUCCUCCCUCAGCGACUGCCAGACGCCGACCGGCUGGAACUGCUCCGGUUCCGAUGACCGGGACACAGACCUGUUCUUGUGCGACACCAACACAUGCAAGUUUGAUGGGGAAUGUCUAAGAAUCGGGAACAUGGUGACAUGCAUUUGCGAUUUCAAGUGCAACAAUGACUAUGUGCCUGUGUGUGGCUCCAACAAUAAGAACUACCAGAACGAGUGCUUCCUGCGCAGGGAUGCCUGCAAGCAGCAGUCUGAAGUGCUUAUUGUGUCAGAAGGCGACUGUCCUGCUGAUGCUGGCUCAGGAUCAGGAGACGAUGGAGGAGAGGGCUCAGCGGAGACUGGGCUGAAGGAGACGUCCACCUGUGACAUUUGCCAGUUUGGGGCAGAGUGCGAUGUGGACGCAGAAGAUGUAUGGUGUGUCUGCAACAUCGACUGUUCCCACAUCAGCUUCAACCCAGUGUGCGCCUCAGAUGGUCGUUCCUAUGACAACCCCUGCCAGGUGAAGGAGGCAUCCUGUCAGAAGCAGGAGCGCAUCGAGGUCAAGUACCUGGGCCACUGCCACGAUGACAUAAUUGGGAACAAAGGCGGAGAUGGACACUUCGCACGGACCGACCCCACGGGGGAGAAAGAGGAGACCAGGAACGGACUGGCCCGCGGUUUGUCCAUCCCCUGUCCAGAUCGCUAUAAAAACUACUGCGUCCAUGGAGAGUGUCAGUUCCCCAGCGUCCUGGCUCAGCCUUCCUGCAGCUGUCACUCGGGUUUUAGGGGCCCCCAUUGUGACAUCAAGGAGUACAACGUCCUCUAUGUGGUGCCAGGCUCCGGCAAACUGCACUAUGUCCUCAUCGCCUCUAUCAUCGGAGCACUCCAGGUGGUCAUCAUCUGUGUGGUGGUGCUCUGCAUUACCAGGAAGUGCCCACGGACCAACAGGAUCAACCGGCAGAAGCAGAACAAUGUCCACUUCAGUUCAGAGAAUACCAUGCGCGCCUCCACCCGACUGAUCUGAGCCCAGACACACCAGACAGAGUCCCCCCUCCACGUUACGGAGCGCUGUGGCGUUAGAUGUUUCUUCCCCGCCCCCAAGUAGGCCAACCCUGAAAAUUAGCAUCUGCUUCCCAUCACUCUUCGCCCUCUCUCCCAGUAUGAACUCAAAGAAUGUCCAUGGAGGAUGGUGGCAAAGCAAAGACAGAGCUGGCACACAAGUGAGGUGACAAUGAUUACACAUUGGAGAAAUGCUGUCAUUAGUCACCGCCGCCGCCAGCCCCCUACCCAUGCCCAUGUGUCUCCUUGCACCUUUUUCUGAAGGUUUUUCCUGAAAAAAACUAAACAAAACACGAACUAUGAGGACUCGGGAGGGGGGGGGUGCGGAGGAUACUGAAUGUGUGUGUGUGUGAAUGUGUAUUAGAUGUGUGCACUUUGGUAGAGGUGGGCUAGCCGGUGUCUGUUCUUUGUAGAUGAGGGGUACAAAGCAAAUCGGGGUAGUGCAAAGCAGGGUAUCUGGCUUUUAAUGAGGUGUGUGUUCAGCCUGGGAGGGGGGUGGGGGGGUUUGGGGGCUACACGUGAUGCCUUGCACCUUGUGUUAUAGGAGACCUUUGACAGAGGGCACAAUGUUAUUAUAGAGCUCUCUGUUCGGUUGUGACGAUGACGUCAGCUACUGUAUCUUGGGUUCUAUUUCCAAUAGUUAUUACUACGUUGUCUUGAUGGGGUAAUUUUUCUGUAAAUGUAAAUAAAUAAUUUAUAUCACGAAAUGUAACAUAUUCUGUGUCGGUCUUUGUCUGUAUUGAAGCAAUGACAUGUUGGUAGUGUUUAUUAGUGUCAUAAUCAUAAUCUGUAUCACCAUCCAUCCAUUUUUCUCAGUGUUUUCCUGUUUCUCCAGGGGGAUACUGAGGCACGGUGAGUUAUUGGUUUACACCAGUGUCCCCCUUCCAGGUGGAAAUGCCUGGAAAAUCUCCAAGGAGAGAAUGCCUGUGGCAUCCUGACUGGAUUUUGGAAUCACCUCACCUGGCUCUUUACGACAUGAAGCAACAGUCUAGUUCCACACCUACACAUCACUCUUACCUUAUUCAGACUUAGUUAAAAUAGGCCAGUUUAAGUCAAUUUUAAAGGAUGGAUUGGUCAUACACAUACUGCAUAUGAUCUGGAUCUCACUUUUUCUCAUGUGACAGUUUCAUUUGUGUGAUUGUUUUGUGUCAAUAUGGGAUGGAUAUAGGUAUACCCCACCUCUGGCCCUGUGGUAGCUGAAGUAGACUCUGCACACAGAGCUCAUGGCCAUCGGUGGAGGCUGGAACUUACAUAAUCUCCGAGAUUGAAAGCCUUACUUUUUGUUUUAGCUGUUUCUUCAUCACAAUGAUCCGAGUUACUGUUGACAUCACACCAAUCUGCUCAGUCAGGGAAUCAGUAUCAUCAGGUAAUCAUCAGUCAGGUAAGGUUGGGAGACAUUUAAUCGCCUUCUAUGGUAAAAUGGUAAAUG